UGUUAAUGGGAUAUAAUCCACAGCUACGCUAUUUAAAAAAAUGCCUUAUCGUGGUGUAGUAGACUAUUCUGAAUUAUUUCUGAACAUACAGCAGUAAUUAUAUAACUUUGGCAAAUGUAUUUACAUUUAUCAAUGGUGAUGCAGUUCCUUCAGAAACCUUCUCGCGAUUCUAUUAGGAAAUAAAUGACGAAGUGCAACGCUGGAGAGAUGAGAGUUUGCAGCCUGAUGUCUAUCAGAGCAGAGAGAGGGAGAGAGAUCAUAGAAAGUGGAUCUGGUUUUUGUUAUGCGAGAUAUACUGGCGUGCUUCUCACACAGCCAAGCGUUGGCCUCAGACAUAAGUUACAAUGUUGCUCAAACCAAAUAGGCUCCGGAACAAAACAGUCCAAAGCGGAGAAGAUCCGGCUCAAAUUAAGCACUGAUGACGAGCCUUCAGAUGGUGAUGGUGGGGAGAUUUUUAGUCUUCGGCAACUGUUGCUGUACCACAGCAAGUGAGCGAAUGAGGGGACGUGAACAUUUCCAACUUGCUUUAGUACUGGCUGCGGGAAUGACUAUCUGCUGGCUCGUCUUCUCAUACUGUGCAUCCGUGUCUCUCACCCAGGUGAAUCGCCAGGUUGUGCUGAAUCACAGAUUACAGCGUAAACAAGCCAAACUGAUGGAACCGGUGAGGACUGACGUGCUGACUGUCACCCCGUGGCUGGCUCCUAUAGUCUGGGAAGGGACUUUUGACCCCCAGGUCAUAGACGAGGCCUUUAUGUCCCAAAACCUCACCAUCGCUACCACUGUGUUCGCUGUAGGGAGAUACACUCGUUUUCUCCGGGACUUCUUAGAGUCAGCUGAGAAGCACUUCAUGGUGGGGCUGGACGUGCAUUACUACGUGUUCACCGACGUGCCCGGCGACGUGCCCAACAACGUGACUCUGGGUGUCGGCAGACUGCUCAGCAUUGUGAGGGUGCCGAAGUUCGACCGCUGGCAGGAGAUAUCCCUCCGCCGUAUGGAGCUCAUCCAGACUGCCAUUAAGGAUCGUAUCCACCGGGGGGCGAACUACAUAUUCUGCCUGGACGUAGACAUGAGGUUCCACGGCCGUGUGGGUCCCGAAGCUUUGGGGAGACUGGUGGGCGCCAUCCACCCCUGGUUCUACAUGUACCCCCGGAGCCAGUUCCCCUACGAGCGGAGGACCGUCUCCACAGCCUACAUACCCAUGGACCAGGGAGACUUCUACUACCAGGCCAACAUAUUCGGAGGAGCGUUGGAAGAUGUUCACCGGCUGACCAAGACGUGCAGGGAGCACCUGGAGGUUGAUAAGUCAGUGGGCGUGGAGGCUGUGUGGCAGGAAGAGAGUCACCUGAAUUGGUACCUGUUGAGGAACAAGCCCACCAAGCUCCUGUCACCGGAGUAUGUUUGGGACGACGCUAAAGGACAAGAUGCCAAGGAGAUAAAACUGGUCCGCUUCUCCUCUGUCAUUAAGAACAAGGCAGAGGUCAGGGAGAACCCAUGAGAGGAGAAAAGAAUAAAGUGGAGAGGAUGGAAGGAGGAGAGGAAAGAGGGAAGGAGGAGAGGAAAGAGGGAAGAGGGAAG